GCGAGGCGGACGUAGCGGUUGUUCGAACAGCAGCGAGGUAUAGUUGGUCGUGUUUGAUACAUUGCGCUCGACCGGAGUAUUUUCGUCGUCGGUGUGGCUCGUUUUUCGUGACGCGUAGAACAGUGAAAACCGUGACAUGUAAUGCCAGUGACCGUUACUACGACACCCAACGUUACGUAGAUCGCGGUUCGUCGUAGGAGAACGACAUACAACAGAUGAAUAUUCGUAACCGCAUACCCGUGACCUAAUCGACUAAAAUGUGGAGCCCGACACACGUCCAAGUGACAGUUCAGAGAGCGAAGAGCUUAUUGACCAAAGGAAAACACAAGACCAACGACUGUUUCGUGACGAUCGCCCUCGGUAAGGAGAAAUACCAAACGUCCGUGAAGGAGAAGGCCGUCAGAGACGUAGAAUGGCACGAGGAAUGCGAAUUAAUUAUCCCAGAGCAGGGAAACACCGCGGAAAUCGUGCUGACGGCCCUUCAUCGUAACUUCCUUGGCGUCGACGAGUUCCUCGGCACCGUCAGCAUACCCCUAUCCAGCUUCGACGUUUACGAGAGACCUCGAAAUAGAUGGUACACCCUUGGAAGUAAACCAGGCAAGGAGAAUACGAAGGAGAGGGGCGAGCUCGAAGUGAAGAUCAGCUUCAUCGUGAAGGCUGGCAGCUUGACCGAUUUGAGCCACAAGGAACGUCACAAAAGUUCCCUCGGGCAGCUGUCCUCUGCCGCCCACUCGAUCGGCGGAAGUUUACUCAGCAUAGGCAGUUUGGAGAAGCGUAAAGGAUUGAAGAAGUUGGCGAAAUCGAUCGGGAACCGCGUGAAAGGGAAAAGCAAGCACAAUGUCAACAAGGAGGAAUUGGACGAGAGGGAGGAGCAUAAGUUUAGAAAUACCACGAGACAACAGCCGGGCGAGGCUGAUCCUGGUGUUAUCAGCGAGGACGAGGAUGAAUUCACGUUCGAUGAUCUGUCACAUAAGAGCUCAGCGUCGUCUUUAAAUGCGCCCGUUGUCGGCGGCAACAGCAACAGCGUGGGUUCAGUUGCUUCGAGCGUCUCUUCCGGUAAUAAUUCUAACGAGACCCAUCAUCCACCACCAGCGCCGGCUAACGCGGCGCCCAGUAAACCGCCACGAUAUUCCAUGAGCGCUUCUACCACGUCUCUGUCGAAGGUCGGUAAAACAAAAGAGGACGAAUGGGGUCUUAAGCUUUAUGGGAAGCAAGUUCACAAUAACGUUAAGAGAUGGGAGAGUAAACCAAGCCCAAAGAUCGUGAUCGACGAACCAAAAGAAUAUCAUCGAGAAUCCUCGCCGAUUGGUUCGCCGGCGUUGACUUCGAGAUUCCAAGAGACCCCAGAACCGCUGGCACCGGCGCCGCGCGAGAUCAUACUGCAGACCAAGAACAAAGACGAGAAAACAGCUUCGAACAAAGAUAAGAGCAUCAAAGAGGAGAAGCUAAAGGAGAGAAAGGACGACAAAUACAUCUGCUGGAGUCCCAAGGACGAUAAACAAUCGAGGAAAGAGAAGAAAAAAGAGAAGGAGAAUAAGCUGAAAGAACUGAACGACGAGACCAAUAAUCUGUCCUCAGAAAGAAUUAUUAUCGGUGGCGAGGACGCGAUUCGUACGGUGACAGGAAAGAGCCAUCUGCCCCACGAAGUUCUCGCUCAGUUUGAUGGAAAAUCAAGAGAAGAUCUCAUAGAAUUGACUCUGCAACUCCAGGCGGAAGUAUCAGAGAAGAAAAAACGUCUAACCGACUUGGAAGAUUAUAUAGACGCGUUACUCCUGCGAGUAAUUGAAUGCUCGCCGCGUUUACUGCAAAACCCCUAUCAAUCUCAAAGACGUUUGUCAGCACCCGGACACCAGUACAACAAUUAAAUGCUCUUCCGUCCCGACGUUUCCUGAUAUCCACGAGGGGUUAAUUACAUUUGUCAGCGUAAUAAGUAAUAAUUGCAUGGCGCUCUUUCAAUCUGUUCCGAACAUUUUUAUACACGUUUGACUGCCGCCGUGCAACUGACUGUUUUCGUAGUACCACGCGCUUUAAUUUAUUCUCGAUUUAACAAUUACAAUUUAACUAUUAUGUAAGUUGCACGUAGGUCUCGUUGCUUUCAUUUUUUAACUGUAUAAACGUCUACUGAAAUUUUUAAUAUUUUGUUAUCGUUCGAACGAAGUAUUUUAUAAUAAGGUUAUAUGUUUUAAAGGGCAAACAAAAGGUGCGACAUUUGUGCCAACCGCUUUAAAACGUGGGAAAAAAAUGCGAAUACUCCCCUAGUCUUCCCGAGAGAAAGUGUUAUUGUUCAUCCUUAAAAAAAGAAAAUGAUAUCUCCGUCCAAAGUAAUGUCAUUACAAAAUUUUAUGGGUAACACGAUAGUCUGUAUUUUUAAACGUAUGCGUGAGUAUCGAUUCACGUACUGUACAUCAUAUUUUCGCAAAUACAUAUUUAUGUACGAGGAUAAACUAUUAAACGGUUCCAGUUACGUAUUCA